CAGCGAUCCUCCGCAAAAAUGACUGAAAAGCAAGAUUUGAUGUCUGAAUUUCAAAAACUUCGCCAGGAAUCUUCAAAAAGUCAUUCUUCACUCACGACUUCGCCAUUAGAAUAUCGAUUGAUUGAAGUUCAAAAAUGUUGCGAGAAGAUUUCAAAGCGACAAGAUGCUCAGGACGAGAUUAACACUUCAAUUCUCGACGAGCUCCACAAAAUUCAAAAGAAUCAGAAAAAAUUGCUGGAAGAAGUUGGAGCUAUUCGAAAGGAAGUGGAUUCUAUGAAAGCAACUACUGUAAAGGAAAAUGAAGUGAAAGAUGACAGAAAACUAUCGCUAAAUGAGAUGCUACGUAAAAGAUGUCUUCAAGUAAAGAAUACAAAGAUGAAAAAUUCUUCCAUGCCAAAGUUCCAGUAUUUUGUUCGAUUAAAUGGAAAAACUCGCACUCUUAACGUUAAUGCUUCGGAUACAGUUGAGCAAGGAAAAAUGCAAUUAUGUCAUAAUGCUAGGAGUACACGGAUGAGCUACGGAGGAAAGCCGCUCUCCGAUCAGAUCACUUUUGGCGAGUACAACAUCAGCAACAAUUCGACGAUGGAUCUGCAUUUUCGUAUAUAGUUUUUCUGAUUUAAUUCGUCGACAGUUUGUUUUUUUCUGUAUCUGUUAAUUUUUUCAAGAUAAUAAAUUUCAAAAAAUAUGC